AUGUUAGAGGCUAUUCAGAGGAUUAAGACACGAAUUCAAACAACACAGAGUAGACAGAAAAGUUAUACCGAUGUUAGGCGUAAAGACCUAGAAUUUGAAGUGAGUGAUAAAGUAUUCUUGAAAGUAGCUCCUAUACAAGGUUUCCUAAGGUUUGGAAGGAAGGGGAAAUUAAGUCAUCGUUUCAUUGGGCCAUUUGAGAUCUUAGAACGGAUCGACCCUAUACCUUAUCGGUUAGCAUUGGCACCAUCUCUUUCUACAGUUCAUGGUGCUUUUCAUGUCACCAUAUUAAGGAAGUAUGUAGCAGAUCCGUCUCAUGUAAUAGACUAUGAACCUUUACAAUUGAACGAAAGUUUGAGUUAUAAGGAGAAGCCUAGUAGAUUCUUGAAAGUGAAGUGA